UUUUUCAUUUGUUUUCAGAUCUGCCAAUUACAACAAUGCAACCGGUGACUGCGAAUUGUCGGUAAUGGACAGAAUAACUCUUGCCGGCACCAACGCUUUCCAACCAUCCACAGGUUACGACUACAUCGAAAACAACUGCAUCGAAGAACCCACCAAAUUGUGCGAGUUCAAAAAAUUGAACGGAAGGAUUCUGAAAACUGUUGACUCAGUAUAUCAAGACAUCGGAUCCGUAGACGAAUGCCGUGAGCUCUGCCUCAAUUCCCCCUACAGAUGCCACUCCUACGACUAUGGAGACACCGGUGAAAUGGUGUGCCGUCUCAGCCAUCACUCCAGAGCUACACUUUCUGAUAUUCAAGAGCCUUAUUUGGAGGUCCCCGAGGCAGCUACUUACGAGCUCAGCUCCUGUUACAACGUCAGCAUCGACUGUCGCUCCGGAGACAUGAUCGCCCGCAUCCAAACCAGCAAAUUGUUCGACGGCAAGAUAUACGCCAAAGGCAGCCCCAACUCGUGUGUGCGGGACGUCAACAACAGUCUGGAAUUCGAGCUGAGUAUGGCUUAUGACAAUCUCGAGUGCAACGUCAGGAAGAACGGUUUAGGAAGAUAUAUUAACGACGUCGUAAUUCAACACCACGACAAAAUCGUCACGAGUAGCGAUUUAGGAUUAGCGGUUACCUGCCAGUACGAUUUGACCAAUAAGAGCGUUACCAACGAGGUGGAUUUGGGUGUGCACGGCGACAUUACACCAGCUCUUUCGGAAGAAGUUAUCGUAGACUCACCCAAUGUGGCCAUGAAAAUCACUGACAGGAAUGGCGAUGACAUGAUGCAGUCCGCUGAAGUCGGAGAUCCUCUUGCCCUGAAAUUCGAAAUAAUGGACAAAAAUAGCCCGUUUGAAAUCUUCGUCAGAGAACUUGUUGCAAUGGACGGCGUAGACUCUAGUGAAAUCGUCCUCAUCGAUGCAGACGGUUGCCCUACAGAUCAUUUCAUCAUGGGACCAAUUUACAAAUCGGCUACAUCUGGGAAGAUCCUUUUGAGUCACUUCGAUGCAUUCAAGUUCCCGUCUUCCGAAGUAGUCCAAUUCCGUGCAUUAGUAACCCCAUGUAUGCCAUCCUGCGAGCCAGUGCAGUGUGACGAAGAAGACUUAACAGGUGACUUGAGAUCCGUUAUAUCAUACGGAAAACGUAGGAGGCGUCGUUCUGCCUCUGUACCUCAUGAUGACAUGCUCCUCGUCCAAUCCAUCCAAAUCACAGACAAGUUUGGAUUCGAACGGGACCUCAACAAAACCAGCAUAGGAAGCGAAGCAAUGUUUAUUCCCGGUGACGGCGGACUAUGCAUCAACGUAGCCGGACUGAUAGUCGCUGCCACCGUGUUCCUGUCAGCUCAACUGGCUGUCAUCGCCGCCUGGACCUUCAUCUGGCAACGGAGGAGACUCAGUAAGAAAUUGGAAGAGGGUAUGUCCGUAAGCGUAAGCAUACCUUCUCAGUUGGGACCGGGACGAUCUGAUAGUCUGUGUAAGCUUUACGAAAAUGCCGGAUACUCCCACACACGUCGAUUUUAGGUACUGAAAUUUAGUUUUCCAGUUAGAAGGUCCAUUUUGAAAUAUUGUCGCGAGUGAUAUAUUUAGGUUUGAAUAAUGGAAGACAAUUCAAAUUCGCUUCAUUGUGUAGAAUUAGUUUUACUGAGUAAACUAGUUUCAUUGUGGCAGUCGGUGAUUUUUCAGGAAUUAUAUCUCUCGUACACUGGUGCUGAAUAGUAUCAUAGUCAGUUCUCAAACACUGAAUGUUUUUUUCGAAUAACGAUUCAGAUCUGAUGGUGACAAUUUACUGAAAAAUCACUCACUGUAACUUUAUUUUGAAAUAUUCAACUGUAAAUCAAUUCCUGGAAAAAUUCCCCACUACAGUUAUUAGAUUCCAUAAUAUUUCUAACUGAUAAGUAUUCAAUCGAAUUGUGCUCAAUAUAGGGCUCAGUUUUAUUUUAGUUCGUUUUAAUAUCGUUUAUUUGAAUAUCGCAAUGUAUGAAACUUGAGGCAUAUAUUAAAAUAAUACAUUUAGAUAAUGUUAAACUACUUACGAUAACGUUAGAAAUCCCUUACUUUGCCUCAUUAUCUUUAUCUAAUUUUGCUUACUUGGUUCAGGUCUUGCAUUAUUUACAUACAUUGCAACGAUUUAACUAACUCCAUAUGAUAAUGAAAUGGGCAGGGUUUAUCGAUAAAUUUGUUUCAAAUUCACUCAAUUCAGAAGAUCUUGUCUAAAUUACCUUUUCAUAUCAGUUCUUAUUAUUAUAAAAAUAUACAAGUUCAAUACACUGUUCUGUUUGAAACCCAUUCAAAGACAGCUGUUGCUUUCUUAAUUAGAUUAUAGUACCUAAUCCCUGCUCUUAUCAAAUGCCAUGCCUUCUGUUCAUGUGAAUUGGAAUAUUAACAGAAAUUAUGUGUUUAUGAUUCUAACAAAUGUGUGACCAAUAGUGCUCAUGAGCUGAAGGCAUUCAUUUAUAGUAUAAGUUGGUGCAUAACAUUUAAGGAUUCAAGGACGAUCCUGCGCGAAUGUAUUGAAAUAUUUAGUGAUAAAUGAAAGCAAAUGUUGAACGAAUGUUUAUUUAAACGCUUGUCCUUGUGUCCUAGAUGCUAGUUGGUAACUUUGCUCUUCUUAAUUUUUAUUUCGCAGAGUUAUCCACACUGUAAGCACCUGAGCGUAUAUUAACAAAUACCAUUUAAUUUCUUAGACAAUUUAUAUUUCAAUUCCAUAAUGAUAUUAUGUAAGUUAUCUACGCUAACUGCAUUAGGCAGGUUGAAUAAAGUUCAUA